AUGAAAUUUCUUGUAGUAUUUGUUACUUUAAUUGCCAUGGUUUCUGCUCAAAAUUUUCUCAACAAUAAUAUGGGAUAUGGUAACUUCCGUUAUGGUGGAUUCGCUGGGUUAAGAUAUGGUGCCAAUGGUGGUUAUCGUGGAUACAAUGGAUACAAUAAUCCAGGCUUUGGAGGAUAUGGUUCUCCAGCUUAUGGUGGUUAUGGAAACGGUUUCGGAAAUGGUUUCGGGAAUGGUUAUGGCUCAGGUUCUGGUGCUGGUUACGGUGGUUUCGGUGCCAAUAUUGGUUUCCAAUAUGGAGCUGGUGUCUAUGGUGGUGGUCGAUAUGGUGGACUUGGACGUGGAUUUUAUUGA